AUGGGCACAUAUGUUGUAACACCUACAACUACUACCACGGAAACGAUUACACCACCUACAACUACUACCACGGAAACGAUUACAACACCUACAACCACUACCACGGAAACGACAACAACACCUACAACUACUACCACGGAAACGACAACAACACCUACAACCACUACCACGGAAACGACUACAACACCUACAACCACUACCACGGAAACGACAACAACACCUACAACCACUACCACGGAAACACCUACAACCACUACCACGGAAACGACUACAACACCUACAACCACUUCCACGGAAACACCUACAACCACUACCACGGAAACGACUACAACACCUACAACCACUACCACGGAAACGACAACAACACCUACAACCACUACCAUGGAAACACCUACAACCACUACCACGGAAACGACAACAACACCUACAACCACUACCAUGGAAACACCUACAACCACUACCACGGAAACGACUACAACACCUACAACCACUACCACGGAAACGACAACAACACCUACAACCACUUCCACGGAAACACCUACAACCACUACCACGGAAACGACUACAACACCUACAACCACUACCACGGAAACGACAACAACACCUACAACCACUACCAUGGAAACACCUACAACCACUACCACGGAAACGACAACAACACCUACAACCACUACCACGGAAACACCUACAACCACUACCACGGAAACGACUACAACACCUACAACCACUACCACCGAAACGACAACAACACCUACAACCACUACCACGGAAACACCUACAACCACUACCACGGAAACGACAACAACACCUACAACCACUACCACGGAAACGACAACAACACCUACAACCACUACCACGGAAACGACUACAACACCUACAACCACUACCACGGAAACGACAACAACACCUACAACCACUACCACGGAAACGACAACAACACCUACAACCACUACCACGGAAACACCUACAACCACUACCACGGAAACGACUACAACACCUACAACCACUACCACGGAAACGACAACAACACCUACAACCACUACCACGGAAACGAUUACAACACCUACAACCACUACCACGGAAACGACAACAACACCUACAACCACUACCACGGAAACGACAACAACACCUACAACCACUACCACGGAAACGAUUACAACACCUACAACCACCACCAUAUCUCCUACAACAAGUACAGCCACGACUGCAAAUGAAACAACUUCAUCAUCUACAGUGACUACCAUUAAAACACCUGGAACAACUACCACAGCUGAAGCAGUUAAGAACUGUGCUCAAGAAAAUGUCUGCAAAAGCCACUUGGCUACGUGUGUAGACCAAUAUGAAGGUUAUGUCUGUGAAUGUCCCUAUGGCUUCUACUAUUCCAAAGAGGGGACAUGCAAUUCAGGAGCACCAUUUCCUGGAAAAUUUGUCCAGAAAGUUCCAGAUGAGGCAUGUGAUUUUAGUAAUAAAAUGCUUCCAUGUUAUAAAGACUUCUAUACCAAGAUCACCCACUUGUGUGAAGAGGCUUUCAGAAAUGAAACGAGCUACAAGGAAACCAUUGUGACGAACAUAAAGUUUCAAACAUCAAAAAUCAAAAGAGCGGUCAGAAAUGUCGAAGCUGAUUUCAUUAACGUAUUUUUAAAAAACACAACUGUGGACAGCACUACAGUUCUUAAAAUCCUGAACGAUGCUAUAUCCUCAAAUGGAAACAUAAGUGUAGAAGUUGCAGUUCCAGAUGCUCUGUUCAUCCCACUGAUUGCAGUGAGCGUCGUUGGAGGAGUCCUUAUAAUCUCUCUGGUCAUUGGUCUUGCUGUCGUGAUUGUAAGAAACAAAAAAGAUGAUGAUGAUAAUGAGGAGGAGGAGGAAGAGAAAAGUUUACAAAAGAAGACAUUCCAAGCCAACGGCAAUUUUGGUUUUCAGAAUCCCAUGAUGAGCUUAAACAGCGAGACGCCUUCCGUCAAGUCGGCGACCAACAGCGUCAUCAGCCCUAAUCCUUACGUCUACAAAGCUUCAAAUCCUAAGAGGUUCAAUGAAGAUGAUGAUGACGAUGAUGACGACGGGGUGGAAUUUUCAAAUUUCAGAAACACGAACAACAUGGGCCAACCAAAGAACGCAAUGAAUUCUAGAGAAACGGCAAACCCUUAUGCAUUCCCACGGGUCCAGGUUUCCAAAGGGCCUGUGAUGGCUCCUGGCUAUCAGAACAAUAAGACGUCUAAUGGCAACCAAUACCUUCCACAAAGGGAUUACCUUGAAUACAAUAAGAACUCGGGUCCCGGGAUAGAGAUGAAUUACAUCAACAGGGGCUACCCGCCCCCAAUGAACUACAGAUACAACGGACACAUGAAAUACUAAUGUCGGGGUGAUUGAUGCUAACGGUCAGGCUUUGGAAGAAUUUUGAAAAUACAAUAUGACGUGUUUGGUGUAUACUGUAUAUAUAUAUUUAUAAAUACUGACAUAUUGCAUACUAUAGCGCUUGGAGUAUGGAGGAAUUAAUCUUUAAGGGUGGUCUUAUAGCGGCCAUGUUGUUUUGAUUAUUUAUUAAAGAGAAAACGUCUGCUAACGAAAAGACGGAAUUAAGUGUGAAAUAGGGAAAUUAAAUACACGAACAAUAGUAAAAACAAAUGCAUAUAUUAUAACCAAAAUGGAGAAAAAGUAAACAGAUGAUAUUGAUUAUGGGAUGUUUGUAUUUCUUUUGUGGACCUGUCAUUGAAAGUGUAUGUAGUUGUAAAAAAGUAAAUUCAUUCAUGGUUGGGUCUGAGCCUAUUGGGCUGAUUUGUGGGCAGCUCAGGAUGAAGCGUCCAUUCAUAACUGGGCACCCUCACGCACACACACCCACAGUCAGACUGGGUCCGUUAGAGUCACCAGUUAAAGCAACCAGAUAAAGCAACCAGCAAGUCUGUGGGAGAAAAACUAGACCACUGUAGAAGAUCACAGCUGUGGUUCAAAAGCCAGGACCAGGUGCCAGUGCAGGCCGACAGUCUCACGCCAAUGAAGGUUCUGUCUGUCAUGAUCUGUGCAUGUAUGUGUCGGAUGUGCGCCAUGACAAAGGUGGAUGACGUAUCCAGGAGCCCUUUCCUACCUUGAAGAUCUGCAGCUGCCGCUGCUUCAUUCUUUUUAAUGCAACUCCAUUAAGGUAACAACAGGCAGAGACCUGAGGACACUUCUGUGCACACAGAAAAAUCAAAAAGCACUUGGACAAUAAAGUGUGACAUUAAAUGAUGGGGGGAGGGCUAAAUAAAAA